CAAUUUAGUCAAUGAAAAUUUAACCUAAGUAUAUAAAUGUCAUGUAAAACUCAAAGAAAAUACUCAUCAUUAAACUACUUCGACGAAAAAUUGCAAUAAUUUUGUUGGAUUUGAUGACGUGAUAAAUACUAUUUUUGUGCCAAAUGAAAAUGAGUGAGACAAAUGAAAUACUAAAGAAGGAUAUUGGUCCAGCAGUUAUAACGGAGCAAGAGCAAGAAUUAGCUCAGAAUGCACUUGCUGAAUUUCAAAAAGGAGCAUACAGCAGUUGCUUGUUGUAUUUAAAUAAGCUGGAAACCCUCAGACCCAAAGAUCUAAAAGUAAUGCACAAUAAAGUUAUAGUAGAAUGUUAUAAAAAUGACUUCAAGAAAGCAGAGUUGCUGAGGAAAAGUUUGAAUGCAAUUUGUGGACAAAUGUCAAUGACUGGGUCAACUGAAACCAUAGAUGAUAUUCAGAAGUGUGUAAUGCGGUAUAAUCAAGCAGUUCUAUUAUAUCACACAAGACAAUAUAAUGCAGCGCUUCAAAUUAUGAAUAGACUAUUUGCUUUUAUAGAACCUAUGGAAGAAUCACUAGCACACAAAGUUUGCCUGCUUUUAAUAGAAUUACAUAUAAUAGUGGAUCAGCCAGAUGCAGCAUUGUCUUUAAUAAAUUACAUAGAAAGUCAACUGAUAUCAACAGAUAAUUCUAAAAUUGCAUCUGUUGAUAAGGAAGGUAUAAUGAAAUCUAUGAAAGAACAAAAAGAACAGAGAAAGGAAGCAGAUACAGUUACUGAUGCAUUUAAAGUAAAAUUAUUGAAAUGUAAGGCUAGAAUCUAUCUUAAGAUGCAUCAAUUGAAAUUGUGUAGAAGAGAAUGGAAGACACUAGUAUCUCUGUGCACACCUGUAAAUAUAUCAACUGUAUUUUUGAAAGCUAAUCUCGAAUACUUAAGAGGAAAUUAUAAAACAGCUAUCAAAUUGUUAAAUUCUGUAACAUCUGAAAAUUUGGAUUUUAAAUCUUCUGGAGAGUCUUCUGUUGUUUUAUACUAUAACAAUAUGGCAUGUAUACAUCUUGCAAUGGGUAAACCAAAUUUAGCCUGUUUCUAUUUAAGAAAGGCUUUAUAUGAAAACAAAUGUGCUUUAGAAAGUGUACAAGCAAAUGACAGUGAUCCUUUAUCUGCGCAACCACUGUAUACACUUGGUGGAAAUAGACAUCACAAGUUAAUGUACAGUUUAGGUGUAUCAUUAUUACAUGCAGGUCAGGCAACAGUUGCAUUUGACUGUUUUAUGGAAGCUGCCCAGAAGCUUCAUAAUAAUCCUAAACUUUGGCUGAGAGUUGCAGAAUGCUGCAUUUAUAAUCACAAACCAACAAAUGAAGUCGAUUUUAACAUUCCAAAACGAAGAAAGGAUUUAGUACAAAAAGUCAUUGGUUCUGGCAUUCAUAGGAAAAUUAUUCUGGCUUCCUCACUUUUCAAAGAUACAAAAUACCAUUCCGAAGGUUUUCCAUCUGCUAUACCACAGUUAACAUUAGAAUUUGCAUCUCUAUGUUUAAAGAAUGCAUUGUUUUUAUUACCAAGUACCAGUGAACUCAAUGUCCCGAUUACAACAAUUACUGGUCCACAGUCAGUACCUUUAACAUUAACACCUGCUCAUAACUUAGGUGCUCAACAUUCAAGCUUAGUGUCACAAGUCUCAGCUGUUGAAGCGUUAAAUUUAAAGACAAGUAUUUUAGCAGCAAGCGCUUACGUAUGUUUAUGUCUUGGCGACUACGUCGUCGCUCUUGAACACGCCAAGUCACUACUAAAUAUUAGUAAAUUGCCUGGAGCAUACAAAAUGCUGGGAAAUCUUUAUGCUGCAGAAAGUUUAAUAUUUAUGGACAAAAUUAGUGAAGCAAUUGAGUAUCUUAAACCAGAAAAUAUUCAAGAUCUAAAUACUUUUGUACCUAUUCCUGAAAGCCAGGAUAAGGAGAAAAGCGACGAACUUGUGUCAAGACCUAUAAAAAUGUGGUACCCGGCAACUGUUCCUACGGGUAUAGCUGUAUUGAGAUAUAAUUUAGCUGUAGCUUAUGCAAUCCGCGGUGAACUUGACAGAUCUGGAGAAACCUUAAAACAGGUUUGGAUGUCUAAAGGUCCAGACUGCGACGUCCCUAUACACGUAAUAAUGUUAGCUUUGUACAUAGAAUUACAAUUAGGACACGCAGAUAUUUCAAGGUCAAUUAUAAAACAACAUUGCCCACAGUACCGCUGA